CCCGCGGCGGCCCCCUGGCCGCGCUCGCGCUUCGCGGCGGGCGGUUUGUGACGUCAGCGGUCGCCGAGGAACGAACGGGGCGCAGGUGCAUCCGUUUCCUCAGGGCGAGAGGCGCCGGGCGCGAGCGCCUCCCGCCGCCGUUCCCCGGUGCGGUGCGGAGGAGAAGGGAAGGGAAGGAAAGGACAGGACCGGGCUCUCCCCCCCCCCCCCCGCGCCGCCGCGGGCGGGGGAAGACCGAAGACCUGCGCGGGGAGGACGCGCCAGCUGGCGGGAGGAGGGCGCGGAGACAGCCCCGUCACGGGAGGAGGCGGCGGCGGGGAGGAGGAGGAGGAGGAGAAGCCGGCGCGGAGCCUCGCCUCGCCUUGCCUCGCAGCCCCUCCGCCGUCACCGCCUCGCCGUCCCUGGCCGCCGGAGGUACCGGCGGCCGCCCGUCCUCAUGAUGGCCUCAACCACCACCUGCACCCGGUUCACCGACGAGUACCAGCUCUUCGAGGAGCUCGGGAAAGGGGCGUUCUCCGUCGUGAGGAGAUGCAUGAAAAUCACCACAGGACAGGAGUAUGCUGCCAAAAUUAUCAACACCAAAAAGCUCUCGGCUAGGGAUCACCAGAAACUGGAAAGAGAAGCUAGAAUCUGUCGCCUCUUGAAGCAUCCCAAUAUUGUGCGGCUUCAUGACAGCAUAUCAGAAGAAGGAUUCCAUUACUUAGUCUUUGACUUAGUCACUGGAGGUGAAUUGUUUGAAGAUAUAGUUGCAAGAGAAUAUUAUAGUGAAGCAGAUGCCAGUCAUUGCAUUCAGCAGAUCCUGGAGGCUGUGCUACACUGCCAUCAGAUGGGCGUAGUCCAUCGCGACCUCAAGCCUGAGAACUUACUUUUAGCUAGCAAAUCCAAGGGAGCAGCAGUAAAACUGGCGGACUUUGGAUUGGCUAUAGAAGUCCAAGGAGAACAACAGGCUUGGUUUGGCUUUGCUGGUACUCCAGGAUACCUUUCUCCAGAAGUGUUACGAAAAGAUCCUUAUGGAAAACCUGUGGAUAUGUGGGCGUGUGGUGUCAUUCUGUAUAUCCUCCUGGUGGGAUAUCCUCCUUUCUGGGAUGAAGACCAGCACAGGCUUUACCAGCAGAUCAAGGCUGGUGCUUAUGAUUUUCCCUCACCAGAAUGGGAUACAGUGACUCCUGAAGCAAAAGACCUUAUCAAUAAGAUGCUUACCAUCAACCCAGCAAAACGUAUCACAGCAUCAGAAGCACUAAAGCAUCCGUGGAUCUGCCAACGUUCUACUGUUGCCUCUAUGAUGCACAGACAAGAGACUGUGGAUUGCUUGAAGAAGUUCAAUGCAAGAAGAAAACUAAAGGGGGCCAUUUUGACAACUAUGCUGGCUACCAGAAAUUUCUCAGCAGCCAAGAGUUUACUGAAAAAGCCGGAUGGAGUUAAGAAAAGGAAGUCCAGUUCGAGUGUUCAGAUGAUGAUAAACAACAAAACGAACGUGGUAACCAGCCCCAAGGAAAAUAUUCCUACCCCGGCGCUGGAGCCCCAAACUACAGUAAUCCACAACCCUGAUGGAAAUAAGGAAUCGACCGAGAGCUCCAACACAACCAUCGAGGACGAGGAUGUGAAAGCUCGUAAGCAGGAGAUUAUCAAGGUUACCGAGCAGUUGAUUGAAGCUAUCAACAAUGGGGACUUUGAAGCUUACACAAAAAUCUGUGACCCAGGCCUUACAUCUUUUGAACCCGAAGCUUUGGGUAAUCUGGUAGAAGGGAUGGACUUUCACCGGUUUUACUUUGAAAAUGCUUUAUCCAAAAGUAAUAAGCCGAUCCACACCAUUAUCCUCAAUCCUCAUGUCCACCUGGUGGGCGACGACGCCGCUUGCAUUGCGUAUAUCCGGCUCACGCAGUACAUGGAUGGAAGCGGGAUGCCAAAGACUAUGCAGUCAGAGGAAACGCGGGUCUGGCACCGUCGCGAUGGGAAAUGGCAGAACGUUCAUUUUCACCGUUCAGGGUCACCAACAGUACCUAUCAAUGCCUAGCACAGCGGGAUCCCAGUCGCGACUUCGGCCCCUAGAUGCUACGCUAAAAAUAUCAGCGGUGCCGCUCUUGCAUUUUCUGUACCCAACGCACCUGGUUGAGCACCAUCUUGGCCAUCCCGUUCUCUUCAUGCAUGUUUCUGAGUGCAUGAAGUUGUGAAGGUUCUUCAUGUAACACGUUUGUGAUGCACCAUGUUGCUGUAUAUUCCAUCCGUACACUGUUAACAUUUCAAUGAAGGUGAUGUUCCAUGCAAAUAGAGAAUAACAAGGCAUAAAAGACAAAAAAAAAAAAAAAAAAAAAAAGAUUUGAUGGACAGCAGUAGAUACAGAAUACAUUUGUCACUUUCUCCAUUUAUGCCAAGUUUUGACAGACAACUUUAAAAACUAUCGUGUUUAUUAAAAAAAAAAAAGAAAAAAAAAGAAAAAGUACAUUUUACCCUCUUUUUUUAAGAACUGUUUUUUGACUCCUCCUUUUCCCCUGAGUUCCGGGAUUUUGCUUUGGUUCUGGUAGGAAUGGUUAGGAUUUCCGCUGGCAGCUCCGUUACUGUAAAAACAGAUUUUUAAUACAGCAUGUAGAUGGACGAAAUCACUGAUAAAUGUGGAAGUGAUAAUAUCUUGGCUUUGUACCAGCUGAAGCCUUCUUAGUUUAUUAGUCUGUGUAAACUGGAAAAAUCUCAUCGUUUGCUGGCUUGGUCUCUUCAGAAUUAACUGUCGGCGUUCUGGGGAGCCAGCGGCUUCUUUUUUUGCUUUUGAGUCUUUACCUUUGCUUUCUUACUGUGCUAACUGAAAAUUUCUAUUGGAUGAUGAAGCAAAAUUGAAAACUGUAAGGAACUAAGUGAUGAUUGAGGGGGCAGUUUUUGAGGAUAUAACACGGAAGAAUAGAGAAACAUAGAUUUUUAUCACUUUUAGGGUGUACUGUAAAUUUUAUAUGGAGGCUUGAAAAAAUAUAAAAUUUUGGUUCGGCCAUAGACCAGUUGCGUGGUUAAUACACUCGAGAAAUACUAGGCCUUAAAAGCUUCGUACGAAGAGCUUACCUACUGUACGCUGCUGCUCUUGCUUCUCUGGAAAGAUAUUGCGGAUAUACACCAGUGUUCUCGUGAGACUCUAACGCUUCGCCACAGAUUUGUUUCUCCCCCCUCUUCCCCCUCAAUCUGCUCUUGGUUUCUAAAAAUCCCCGCGCAGCGUACGGUAUCGGGGACGACAGGUCCUGCAGCGUUACCGACUUGGUGUGGCCCCUGGUCCCUUGCCGCAAACGCCUGUACGCUGUGCGGGGAACGCUUUGUAACAGGGACUGGUUUGGCUUCCCUUACGUUGCUGUGAAAAUGCAUCCUUGCGAGCAUUUAGGUUUAUUCCCUUCCAUUUUGAAUAGAAAAAAUACAGAGAUCGGUUUUUUUCUCUUUUUUUUCUCUUUUUUUCCCUCUCUUUUUUUCCCUCUCUUUUUUUCCCUCUCUUUUUUUCCCUCUCUUUUUUUCCCUCUCUUUUUUUCCCUCUCUUUUUUUCCCUCUCUUUUUUUCCCUCUCUUUUUUUUCCCUCUCUUUUUUUUCCCUCUCUUUUUUUCCCCUCUCCUUUUUUUCCCCUCUCCUUUUUUUCCCCUCUCCUUUUUUUCCCCUCUCCUUUUUUUCCCCUUUUCUUUUUUUCGUUUGUAAUUGUUCUGUUACCAACAGGGCUAACUGUUUUCUGCAGCGCUGUAUAGUGCACGGUAUCUCAGUCGACGUCCUUUUUAGCGGUGAAAAAUUUCCAACUCGGCAGCCUGAAGUUUUUAAAAUGGGAAAGCUUCCUAAUUUGUAUCGUUUCACCUUUCUGUGUUGAUUACUAAUCAAAAGCAGUUCUUAAACAUUUUGAUGUUGUUACUAGUGGAUGUAUGGUAGAUGGAUUUAAGCUUCUCUGAUAAUUACUACAUGAUUUUAAACAAUAUAUAUUUAAAAUAAGCAUCUACAAUAAAUGUGUUGAGCCAUAUUAACCUGCCAAUGGGAUCUGUGAAAAAAGUAAUGGCCUCGGUUUUUUUCUCAUUAAUUUCUUUACUUUUUUUUUUUUUGUGAAGCGGCUAUAAGUGGCAUAACUGUAUUUAAAAUUAACAAAUUAGGUGUAGGGUGUUUGGUUUUGUUUUUUUUUUUUUAUACUUCUAACAUAGCAUGUGGUGUUGACGUAUUACUGUAGACCAAGUUUGUCUUCCACGCCAAGACGUGAGGAAAUUGUGAUUUGUUCUCUCCACCACAAUUGAAUUAUACACUCCUGUCAUUUUGGAACACUGCAGUUUACCAUGGGACACAGUGUACAUAUUUCUUGCCAUAAUGGUAAAUGAUUGAUAUAUUUAAGGAUUAAUAAAUUUGUGAUUUCUGCUGA